AUGUCGGCGAGCUAUAUCGACCUGCGUGCUUUGGCUCGGAAUCAGGCUGCUUCAAGCCCAAUCAGCCCGUUACUUCCGAGCCCUUUUGUGGGAGCGCUUCAGAAAAGACGUCAAUCAUAUUUCAGAUUUCACAACCCACGAAAACAUUUGCCGUCACCGGUUCCAAACAACGAUUCUUUAGAUAGUCUCCAAAUUUUGUCCUAUUACUGCGACGAUCAGGACGGCGACGGAGACGAUCAAGGUAGCCAGUCCUCCGGCCACGGGACACUUGAAGACGACAAUCUAAGCACAGCGUCGGAAUCCACGCCGGUAACUCCGCUUGACCACGAGGAACAAGGCGCUCUUUGUUCGGACGAAUCUGGAUGGCUAGCCAAUACCACAUCGCAUGAAGAGAGAAUGCAACGAUUCAAGGCUCGCUAUUAUCAAGUCGUCCAGCAUCCUUGCGGUUCUGUUCACACAGGAGGCGACGAGGAUGGAGUGAUGAUCGCCACAGUCCUUGUCGGACCGGGAAAGCCGAGACUAGUUCAUAUUCAACGUCCGCCCUCGACUCAUUCAAGGGCUGAGUCGCUUGGUGAAGACACGGGUGCUCCAUCGACGCCAAAGCAAGCGCCUAUUGAGGUCUCCGCCUUCAGCCCAUACGACACUCCUUGCGAUGUGCCUCAAAUCGAAUCCCACAUUUCAGACAGCGUCUGUAGUCGUACCUCUGAAACCUCGCCUCCCUCGACUGACUUCGUUCCACAGCGUAUGACCUGUGCAAUGCGAUGCAGGACCAGCCUAUCGGAAACCUGUGAGUCCGAUAGUGUCGACAAACGGAUGCGUAUAUUGACGGAUCCAUUUAUGACAUCGCCUCGGCGGACGCGAAGCGAUCGAUCGUUCCGCACAUUAGAGAAGAGGUGGGCGGUUUGGGAGACACUGGGAGUGAACUCGCACUCAAUUUCUGAGCCGUCGCCUUCUAUCAAGAGCGCGAAAUGGUCACGAUGUCGAAAAUUAGAAAGGGCUCUCAACGCCGUGACGGUGGCUAUUGACGAAUUCCCGGGUGGCAUGCUCUGUCUCGACUCGCCUGCUGUCAUGGAGCUGCGAAAUCCACAAAUCUCGAAUCCAACCUACAUCGAGACACUUGGCCGAAUCUUUCCCUCUGCAUCCUCGCUGCUCCUUUCGGCCAUCACGGCCUGGGUAAUUAUCGACCUCCACUUCUCUCGACUGAGAGAUCAAAUCGUUCCUAUGGAGCGGUACUGGGCACAAGCCGCAGCCUCGAAUGAAAGUUUACACCGCAUUCCCGAGAAGGCAAGAGAGAUGCUGGGCAUUGGUCUCCCUGAAGACACGGCCGUUAGGCUCAACGAGUAUGCACUUAGGAAGAGAGCGAUGGCCAUGCAGGCAGGUAUCAGCGUUAUUGGGCAAAGGUUGAUUGAGGGUUUAAGAGGAUCGUGGGAUGAGGAUAUUUGGCGAUCUCUGAAAGUCUUGGUGGAGGUAAUUGAGGCAAGUCCACCGCGUUGGCCAUGA